CAGUUCCAGGAAUAGGGGGGCGGGGCGCACCGCGUAUAUACCCGAGCGCGCGGCCUCCGCGGCGGCUCUGACUCCAACUCCCCGCGCUGCCGCCGCUCCGGCCCCGCACGGCGCCCGCCCGGCCCGGCUCCUGCCGCGGCCCCUGGUCUCCUCCUCACUCCAUCGGCCCCGGGGACGUCGAGGCCCGAGGGACGCGCACGAGAAGGCGCCUUUGUGGAGUUCGCGGCCGCCAACAUCUGGACGCUGCGCGGGCCACCGCUGGCUACCGCGCCGCCGCCUCGCCUUGGGGACCGUAGAAGGCGAAGCCCUGAGGCCGGAGACUUCGGUUCGGGACCAGCCCCCAGGGAUGCGGUAGCGGCCGCUGUACGGGGGCCGCGAAGCAGCUGAAGCCGCCGCCGCUCAGACCCACGCUGGCUCCGUGCGCCAUGGUCACCCACAGCAAGUUUCCCGCCGCCGGGAUGAGCCGUCCCUUGGACACUAGCCUGCGCCUCAAGACCUUCAGCUCCAAGAGCGAGUACCAGCUGGUGGUGAACGCAGUGCGCAAGUUGCAGGAGAGCGGUUUCUACUGGAGUGCCGUAACCGGCGGCGAGGCGAACCUGCUGCUCAGCGCCGAGCCGGCGGGCACCUUCCUCAUCCGCGACAGUUCGGACCAGCGCCACUUCUUCACGCUGAGUGUCAAGACCCAGUCCGGGACAAAGAACCUGCGCAUCCAGUGCGAGGGUGGCAGCUUCUCGUUGCAGAGUGACCCGCGGAGCACGCAGCCUGUGCCUCGCUUCGACUGCGUGCUCAAAUUAGUGCACCACUACAUGCCACCCCCCGGUGCCCCCUCCUUCUCCUCAUCACCGACCGAACCCGCCUCACCCACCGAGGAGCUGGAGCAGCAGCCACCUGCGCAGCCGCCUCCAGGGAGCCCCCCCAGGAGAGCCUAUUACAUCUACUCCGGAGGCGAGAAGAUCCCCCUGGUGUUGAGCCGGCCCCUCUCCUCCAACGUCGCAACGCUGCAGCAUCUCUGCCGGAAGACCGUCAAUGGCCACCUGGACUCUUACGAGAAAGUCACCCAGCUGCCUGGACCCAUCCGGGAGUUCCUGGACCAAUAUGAUGCCCCACUUUAAAGAGCAAAGGGCAGAGGUGGGGAAAGGGGCUUGGGCCCCCCUUCCUCCGUGGUACAUGGCACAAGCACAAAAAUCCAGCUGAAAGUCCUAUAGCUCUGGGUGAGCUGGGGCGGGGUGGCUUGAAGAGGCCCUUCCCUCCCGUGGGACCUGGAGUGUGUUUGAGGGAAUGGGAAAUGCCACCCGUCUUCCCCUCCCCUGCCCCAGCUUCUGGGGAGCCACCUGGCCUGGUGUGACAAUAGCAGCAACAAGGGGAUUGUCCUCUUCCCUUCUCCACUCCCCCUCUGGUCUCAGCUAGGGAGUGUGGAACUUUGAGAACUGCCGGGAACCUUCUAACUUUCCAACAGAACUUGUGCUUUGAUUUGGUUUAAAUCUGAGCAGGGCGAGGGGCUUGGGAUAGAGGAUGGAAAAGAGGGUGCUUGAGGAGCCCCAGGGUGCAGGCUGGCUCAGGAAACAGCCACUCCUACUGCCCAACCCAGGUGAAGAGUGUGGCUGCAUGCUCCACUCCCAGGCUGUUGGAGAAGGGCAAGGGGUGACCUGAAGGAAACUGUCUGGGUACCCCAGCCCCUCCUCCAUGUGAACGAGGAAGUGGCAUUUGGGCAGGGUGAACGGGCUGGUCAGUGAACCUCCUUGGCCUGCCUGAGCUGUAUUGCCCAGCACCUGGCCAGGCAGCCGGGGAGAGAUGUGCCAUCUCUGAUCCUAGAAGAUGAAUUCGACGUUGUGCCUACUGACUGUGUCUGGUUAGAGAUGUGCCUUAAAUGCUCCCUGUCCCACGGAUAGGGACUGGCACACAAGAUCCCCAGUCUGCCUAUCUGGGCGGAGAGGCUAGGGGUUCUCUGGAGGGCACCCAGCCAGCCACUGGCCAGGAGAUGCAGGUAGGGGUGGAGACCCACUCCUUCCAGCCCAGCACUGGGAGAAUGUUGACCUGUUGGUAUUGGCUAGUCCUAGGUGCCUGGUGGUCAGAGCAGAGCCACCAGGUCUCAAAGGCCCUGCGCAGCCCUCCUUCCUCCUGGGGUAGGGGCAGGAAGUCAUCCAGGCGCCUGCCACUCCAGCUGCUCUGGCCCUGCAAUCUGCACUGAUCAGGGACAACUUACAGGAAUGUAGCAGCAAUGGAAUUACCUGGAACUGUUCUUUUUUGGGGGCGGGGGACUAAACAAACACAUAGUUUUCUGUGGCAGGUAUCAGACAAGGUGGGGAAACUGUGUGUUGGGGUGGUUUUCUUUUCCUGUUUUUUGUUUCUUGUUUUUUAAUAAUGUUUACAAUCUGCCUCAAUCACUCUGUCUUUUAUAAAGAUUCCACCUCCAGUCCUCGACCUCCCCCCACCCCCCCAGCCUUCGAGGCUGUUAGGAAAUGCUUGAAGAACUCAACCAAAUCCCAAUCCAAGUCAAACUUUGCACAUAUUUAUAUUUAUACUCAGAAAAGAAACAUUUCAGUAAUUUAUAAUAAAGAGCACUAUUUUUUAAUGAAAAA